AAUUUUUAUACAACUUCUGCUUUUUUGGCGUAGCAUUCCCCUCGCCGGUCUCUACCACCCGACGCCCCCAAGCAGUCUGCCCCCCCGACCCCAUCUCGCCGUCCGGCCGCAAAUCCGCCGCCCGUCCAUCUCCAUCUGCCCCUCCGCCCCCAACCCUUCGGCCUCCGUCAAGCCGCGCACCGACCCCCGACCCCGGACGAGGCCUCGCAAGAUCGACCCCAAAGACCAGGAGGAUUACAGAGGAAGAGCAUGCGGGAUCCAUUCAAUGCCCCAGUUGAUUUCCUUAAUGCGGAUCAUAACACUGGGAAUGAACUUACGAGGACUAACGUGACCGUGUCUGCAAGGGACUAUGGAUUGCAAAAUGGUGAUGUUAAACCCUUCGCUCCAAACUCCGACACUGUAGUCAGGCAUCAACUCCAGGGUGCAUCCCAGCACAAAGACUUAAUGUUGGAGGAUCCCAAUACCCGUCUCAUGGAUCCGGAGACCAAGGAGCUUUACUUUAGAUCACGAUCACAAGAGGAUGAGAUUUUGUUGCUUCGCAAGCAAAUUGCGGAUGCGUCUCUCAAGGAGCUGCGGUUGUUGAAGGAAAAGCAUAUUCUAGAGAGGAAGCUUACGGACAUGAGAAUGGCUGUUGAUGAGAGGCAGGAAGAAGCCAUAUCUGGUACUAUGAAACAACUGAGCCAGAGGAAAAGCCAUCUUGAAGAAAAUAUGAGAUUGGCAAAUGAACUAAAAGUUGAGGAAGAAGAGCUAUACUUGUUCACUUCUUCAUUGCUCAGUAUGUUAGCAGAAUACAAUUUUCGCCCACCUCAAAUACAUGCUUCCACCAUUACAAUUGGUACAAAGCGCUUGUACCAACAGAUGCAUUGGAAGAUCAGAUCUUUAAAUGACAGUUUAGGUGAUAUGACUCAACCUGGAAACAUGUAUACUAUUAAUCAUCAGCAAGCAACUCCAUCGAGGAAUGAACCUUCCCCAUCUUAUAAUAUGGAUGCAAAUAGGAAUACGCUUCAUCAGUAUGCUCAAGAUCCAAGUGAUCGACAUGCUACUGAACAAAUGUACCAUGGAUCCCGUUUUCAGCAGGAGAUUGUAGGUGCUACUCCCUCUAAUUAUUUUGAAGAAAAUGGUGGCACUGGUGACUCGCAGUUAUACAGGCAUGAUAAUCAAGAGUACUCAGCUGAUGGUGAUCCUUUACCUGGUAUUGAGGGGUUUCAAAUUGUUGGUGAGCCUAGACCAGGAUUUACAUUAACAGCAUGUGGUUUUCCUACAAAUGGUACUACCCUUUGCAAUUUCCAGUGGGUUCGCUAUCUUGAAGAUGGCACCAGGCAGUCUAUUGAAGGUGCUACGAUGUAUGACUAUGUGGUUACUGCAGAUGAUGUUGGCACUCUUCUUGCUGUAGACUGCACGCCAAUGGAUGAUAAUGGCCGCCAGGGUGAUUUGGUGAGAGAAUUUGCUAACAAUGAGAACAAGAUAUCCUGUGACCCAGAGAUGCAGAAUGAGAUUGAUUCAUAUAUUUCGAAUGGGAGAGCUGACUUUAAUGUUUUGUUCCUGCAGGCGUAUUCUACUGAGGAGUGGGAACUGGCUACAUUGGUGCUUAAAAGACCUGGCUAUCAGAUCAAGUUCAAACAUACAGGGGAAGUUGUAAUUGAUGAGAAAUAUUCUUCAAAUCUACAGACAAAAAUUCCGAAUGGGCGCACUACUCAAUUUGUUUUAGUAAGUUCUGGGGGUGCAAACCUACCAUUUAAUACACAGGGAAUAACGGAGCCAAAUAAUGAGGAUUACGAUGUUAGGUUACGUGAUGUAAUCGUAUUGGUUAUGAGAACUUUCCAGAACAAGGCUUUAGAUGCUAAAAGGAAAGGCAAGGUUUAGAUUCCAUGUAGAAGAUUUUUUGUCUGAUUGUUUUGUGCAAUAUUCCAUAUUCUUGUUCUCGAGGGAAAUGAGCUGUUGAUUAUAGGAGACAUUUCAAGACUUAUCUGGAGGUAUGAGGGCACAUAAAUGGUUAGGGAAACCUGGGAUCAAUUGUCAAUCCUACUAGGCUUAACAAUACAACUGUAGUUUUGUAUAAUAUUUUCUUCUUUUUUCCCUUCUUGUCCCCCUCCCCCUCCCCCAUCUUUUCCCUCCUCUUUUCACUGCUUGCUCUAAGUUAUUUGGUCACGGCACUGUGGUCUUUGUAAAAUUUGAAGACUCCAAUGGUGCAAAUAAACUUCUGAGGUGUUGGCUGCAGAACUUGAAGAUAAAAUUUUCUGUAUAGCUGCUGGUCUUGUUUAUCUUGCUGCACUGCACCGUGUUGUAACUUAGGUUGAAGAAUCCCAUGUGCCAUGUUUAUUUCAUGGGCUGCCAAUAAAUUUGCAAAAAAAAUCAACGUGCCUUCCUGUAAUGUAUACUAACUUGUUA